AGAGAGACUUUUACAGCGACGACUAUGGAGGAUCCGACUCGGAUUGUGACAGAUCAACCUACUAAAUCUGAUACAGACCCGAGCAUUUCACCCGAUGUGCCCUUGGUGAAGAACAUGGAAUGUCAGCACAAGUGGAGUUCUGUGUGGUAGAGGCUAGAGAGAACUGACUACAAUUUCUGCUGCAGCACCACCGACUGCAAAGUUUGAUCACAUGCAGAGUGUGCUCAAUGAGUUGAAUCAGGAUACAUGAAUCACGGGUGUUUGUCAAUAGGAGUGUACCAUUGGAGAACAUCAAAUGCUAUGGCUUUGACAUGGACUACACUCUGGCAGAGUACAAGUCUCCUGACUACGAGGACCUGGGCUUUGAGCUGCUCAGAGACAGGCUGGUGUCUAUAGGCUAUCCCCAUGAGCUACUGCAUUACACCUACGACCCUACCUUCCCCACACGGUGAGCUCCCUCUCUUCCUGUUGAUCCCACACACAUUUGCAUACUCUUUAUUUUUACAUGAUCAGUUUGGUAAUAAAUAACAUGACCCUUUACUCACAAAUGUUUUUUUUUUCUUACGUUCUACAUGAAAUAGAGUUCCUUAGCAUUGUGUUGACGCAAAGCAUGGUUAGUUAGGAUGGGGCUCUUCGUGGGACUCGACUUAUGAAAUGACCCCUAACCAUUCUUUUUCAAGUCAUUUGUUGCUCUGUGCAUUCUAUUUUCUGUAUCCUUGCCCCAGGGGGACACUAUGCUGGAGAAACAUCUGACAUUUUAUCACUUCAUCAGCAGAUAGAGACCUCCUGCAGGGAUAGUUACCCCAAAGGCCUGGUAACAGUAGAAUAACAAGAUUGGUCAAAAUAGAGCAGCAAUAAAAAGUAACCUGCUGAUACUAUCAAGAGCAGCCACAAAUCUAAAAGAUAUCAUCUAUCCCUCUCCCAUCCAUUCCUCUCUCUGCUUGUCUCUGCAUAACCAUAUUCACCCCUGGCUCUCUCUUCCUCCUUUUCAUCCCAAUCUCUCCUCCCUCCAUAGCGGCCUGGUGUUUGACACAAUGUAUGGUAACUUGCUGAAGGUGGACUCCAAUGGAAACAUUCUGCUGUGCAGUCAUGGUUUCACCUUUCUAAAAAGGGACAAGAUCCAAGACUACUACCCCAGCAACUUCAUUCAGAGAGGCAACACUGACCGCUUCUAUAUCCUCAAUACUCUCUUCAACCUUUCAGAGACGUAUCUGGAUGGCUGCCUUGUGGACCUCUUCACCAGAUGCAGCAGAUACGAAAACUGCCAGAAAGGCUUCAAACAUGGUGACUUGUUCAUGUCCUUCAGAAGCAUGUUCCAGGAUGUCCGAGAUGCAAUGGACUAUGUUCAUGAUACGGGCAGUCUGAAGGAAAGCACUCUGAGGAAUUUGGAUAAAUAUGUCGUCAGAGACCUAAACUUGCCUGUUCUCCUGACUCGUAUUAAGGAGGUGGCCAAAGUGUUCCUGGCGACCAACAGUGAUUACAACUACACGGAGGCUAUCAUGAAAUACUUGCUUGAAACUCCACCAGGUGCCAAGUACCCCAAAAAAACGUGGCGCACCUUCUUUGACCUUGUCGUCGUGGAUACCAGGAAGCCACUGUUCUUUGCCGAGGGAACUGUGCUGAGACAAGUGGACACGAACACAGGGAAGCUCCGUAUUGGAACAUACACUGGAGACCUCCAGCAUGGAACUGUCUACUCUGGCGGCUCCUCAGACAUUGUAUGUGAACUGCUGGAUGUGAAGGGGAAGGACAUUCUCUAUGUGGGUGACCACAUCUUUGGGGACAUCCUAAAGUCUAAGAAGAGGCAAGGUUGGAAGACCUUCCUGGUGGUGCCUGAGCUGGCCAAAGAGCUGCAGGUGUGGACAGAGAAGAACCAUCUCUUUGAAGAGCUGAAGCAUCUUGAUAUAUUUUUAGCUGAGUUGUACAAGCACCUGGACAGUAGCUGUAGAGAGUGCCCAGACAUCACUGCCAUUCAGACACGGAUGAAGGUGGUGACCUAUAGGAUGGAUCUGUCCUAUGGGCAGAUGGGCAGCCUGCUGCGGAGUGGCUCUAGACAGACUCUGUUUGCCAGCCAACUCAUGCGUUACGCAGACCUGUACUCUUCCACCUGCAUCAACUUGCUCCACUACCCCUUCAGUUACCUGUUCAGAGCCCCACCUGUCCUGAUGCCCCAUGAGUCCUCGGGGGAUAAUCACCCCCUUGACUUCCCUUCACCUGAGUUCUCUGUUCUGGAUCAAAUCCAGAAGAUAGCCGAAGCUAAGAGGGCGAGUGAGGAUAACACAGCGGAAUUGAAAGACACGUGAGGAUGUAUUUGACAAAACAAUUAUUCCGUUUUGACAUGACUGUUCCUCCAGAUCCCCCCAAAAAGUGUGUGUUUUUUGGACUUGCAAUUUCUUUGGCACAAUAUGACAAAUAUAGCGCCACCUGCUGGAAUACAGUUUUAUACGUCGUUUUUCAUCAAUCACCCCUGCAUUUUCCCCAUGUGAUCAGAUUGCCAAGGGUUAGGGAAAAGACCAUUUGGAUAGACACUGAUUCUAGGUUCAUGUAUAUAAGUUAAUAUUUGUCUUAAUAAUAUGUAUUUUUUAUGUAUCUAUUUAGCUACAGUACUUUUACACGUCCUAUAUGCAAUACUGAUUUUGUUCCCUGUGCAAAUGUAUAUUAACUUCAGUGAGCAUGUAAACUGAAACAUGUUCAGUGACCAUUUAUUAAAUGCUACUCGUUUGUGGUGAAUUAUUAUGCAGGUUGGCUCAUCAGCCUAUGUUCAAUAAGGAUGUAGCUAGCUCCUUUGUGGUGGA